AAUUAUACUAUUCUUACAUGAAAUAUUAUCUCAAAAAUUUGGUUUCAGUCCUUGUAAAAUUUAGAAUAUAGGAAGUUCAGAGAUAGAACAAAAUGAAGCUAGGUAUUUUGUUAUGUCUAUGCCUGCUGCUCGCAAUCCUUUCGGAAGUACAAGGUUGCCAUCCUUUGAAAAAAUGUCGCAAAGGCAAAAAACCAGGUGGAGGUCACGAUGAUAACUGCGAUGAUGACAACGACCAAGGCGACGUGGGUCCUCAAAAAGGUCCUUUCGGGGGUCCCCGGGGUCCUCGAAGAAAACGUCAAAUACCGAUUGACCCAUUCACAGAAUUUUUUGUCAAUUGCUUAGGAAGAUAUCAGUUAAACAGUGUUUAUGAUCUCCCCACAAUCGUUGAUUUUACCCUUCGAAAAACGAGCUGGUUUGGAAAAACAAGUGAACAGUAUUGCGCUGGGGAUGCAGUCGAUUGUUGGCGAUUUAUGAUCAAUUCUUAUUUGACCGAAAAUUCUCAAUUUUCAACGCCAGCGAAGAAUUGCAUAGAAGAAUAUGGAACAACCAAGGGACGUACAGCAAGUUAUCCAGACUCUGGCAAGGGCGUCAACAAUGCUGGUCAGAAUCAAGGUACUCUUCCUGUGAGCGCCUCACAAUUCUCUUCCCUCUUAUCAUCGCGUUAUCGACCGAGAGAUCCGGAAGAUCGUUCCGUUGAUAAUGUUAACUCUCUCGUGAAAUUUAUAACUGACGAAGUUGGAUGCGCUUUGGAUUUCUGUGAUUGUGAAAACGUCAGAGUUCCAACGGACGAAAAUUGCGGACAAAAUUGGUAUACGAGGAUUGCUGCUAUAACAACAACUUCUAGUGAUUUGAGGCCGGUCAUUGUAGAAGUAGUCAACGACGUUCUUCAAGAAGCAAUCGCUCCGACGGGAGGUCCAGCUACCACUCCAUUCACUCUUCCAUUUACUCUCACACCUCCAAUCCCAAUAUUUUUUCUGACUCGACCCCCAAUACCACAGGGUUGUGGAGCCUUGCCACGACCCGCAAUUGGACAAUUGAGUUGUACCAACGCUUUCCAAGCCUAUUCCCAAUGCGAUAUCAUAUGCCCCGGGAAUUUUAGACGAGUCGGAUCAAUUUCUACAUGUUUGUGUCUUAGCGCUUUCGGCGGAUGUCAGUGGAGUGGAAAUCUACCCACAUGUCAAUUAUCACCAACAUCAAGAACACCCAAUAUUUUACAAUCAAUAAUUCUGUAUAGACUGCUUGUUACAACAGAAAAAACAGGAGUCGAUUGUACUGAUCCUAAGAAUGCAGACAAACCAGAAUGCAUUGACUGCGCUGAUCCUAGUAAUUUUGACAAACCAGAGUGUGUUAUUGACUGCACUGAUCCUAGAAAUGCCGAAAAAACAGAAUGUAUCGACUGCACUAAUCCUAGUAAUGCUGACAAACCAGAAUGUAUUGACUGCACUGAUGAGAAAAAUAUUGACAAACCGGCAUGCAUCGAUUGCUCGAAUUCAGCAUACGCUAAACACCCAGAGUGUAGAAAUGUGGGAUAAAAAAUGAAAAUACGAAAACAAAGCAAUUGCGUAAUUUGAUUACACUGCGGUACCAUUUUAAACACCAUCAAUGAAUAAUUUGGUACACUAUUUGUUUUCGUCUUACAAGAAUGUAUUUACUUUAUUUGGGGACAUAAUAAUAUUGUAGAGUUCCAUUACAUUUGAACCCACGCUAUACUAACCCUAACUCGUGGGUUUUAGCGCCCGCAUAUAGAUUGAUAUACACAUGGGUUCAAAUGUACGGUCACCAUAUUGUAUACUAGAGAUUGAAAGCUGCAUAGAGCAUAUGAGGAUAUAACUUCAAUUUACAAAAUUAAUAUAUCUGUUUAUCGAGUCUGUAAUAACGGAAAAGAUUAUCUAUAUUAAUAAAUAUGUGGUAAAGUCUCACUAAAAUCAAAGAUAAGGUUUACUAAUUCACCUAUUUAUUUUUUUAUAUUUCACUUUGUACAUAAGCAUGCUAAUGAGUUUAUUGUUAUUUAUUUUAUAUCAUUAUGAGUUGUGGAAUAGAAAUAACAAGAAAUAGUUGCUGCCAAAUUGCAAUCACAUACAAAAUCGCGAGUUUUUCAUAAAAAGGGUUCUAAAAAUGGGCUCAUAUCUUGCCAAGUGAAGUCGUAAUCUGCAUGCAAUAUUUUAACACCUUACCAUUAUUAAAGUACUCUUAUUGGAAUUGCAAUAAAGAAUAGGAGAUGAAACAAGUCAGCAAUAAUCAAUGUAAGUACUCCAAUGUCAAAAAAAGUUGUUCAAGACUCCG